AUGCCGCCAGCUGCUCGCCUCGGCUUUCUCGGGAGCGCUUCAGGCACCACCACCGAAAAACUACCGGCGUCGAAUGCGCAUUCUCUCCGAAUCCCCGUCUCUGUGUUGCACUACAUCCAGGAGAGCUAUUUGCCCUCUGCGCGACGUAAGCUGGUCGAGGUGCAACAGCAACAGAAGCUCUCCUCUUCCACGCCUGCUCUUCAAGUGGAGUACAGCCUCUUUGCGCAGAUGGUCGCUGCGGACGUGUCGCUGCGUGCGCUGAAUGUGGAGCGGGCGACUGCAUUUGACAAGGACAAUAGCAGCCACGUGAACCUCCUCCAGCAGCUCUGGAUGGCCACAGGCAAGUCGGCGGCGACGUACAGUUCGCUCGGACCGCAGUGGGGCAGCAUUGGCUUUCAAGACGUCGACCCCGUGACAGACCUCCGUGGCGGUGGCGUGCUGGCGCUUCGCCAGCUCGUGCACUUUGCGCAGGUGCACAACGCCGCUUUUCGUGAGAUGCUUACCUACAACGAGCGUGUGCAGCGCGAGGGCAAGCACAGCUGGUAUCUGCUUGCUGUCGUCAGCAUUCAGCUAACGACUCAACUGCUGCUCGAGCAGAACUACCCACUGCAUGUGGCACAUUUGGAGAUGCUCUACGACGCGCUGCGCCUCGGGGCUGGUGAUGCGACGGCUAAGACUGUCAGCCGUCGUGCUGUGGCAGCACAGAAGGGCGUGUCCCUCGACCGCACAAGUGCCGCAGACACGGCGGCCUUUUGGGACUCCUGCAAGAGCUCGUGUAGUGCUGAGGCAGGCAUGUUUGCGCUGCACCACGCGCUGCUGCUUCACUUCAAAGAUUGCUGGGCCCGGGACGAGCCGCACGUGAUGGAGUACAACGCGUACAUGUCUGCCAAGGUGUACAGCACGUUCUUCACCACUAAAUGGACAGACACCACACUGACAGCGUUGUAG